AAGGCGAACUAGCACUCACAGUGGUAUCCCUCACGGUCCCAUACUAUCUUCAAAGGAAUAUGAUGCUUUAUCCAACAAGUCCUGAGGCCGCUAAACGCUUCUUGGCCUUUGUAAACGCAUCUCCAACACCGUUCCACGCCGUACACAACGCAUCUGCACGAUUGGAGGCUGCUGGCUUUUCCAAGAUCAGAGAAAAGGAUGACUGGGAGAAAAAUCUAGCACCUGGGGGGAGGUAUUAUUUCACGAGGAACCAGAGUUCACUCCUCGCGUUUACACUUCCAAGGAGCUGGAGACAAGGAGCUGGCCUUUCUAUCGUGGCUACUCAUGUUGACAGCCCCAAUCUUCGUGUACGACCAAUCUCGAAGAAAUCCAAAGCUGGUUAUCUCCAAGUGGGAGUAGAAACGUAUGGCGGAGGCAUCUGGCAUUCGUGGCUGGAUCGCGAUCUGUCUUUGGCAGGUCGAGUUGUGGUAACACAACGCGACGGUAGCUUCAAUUCAAAGCUCGUCAAGAUCGACAGACCUCUCUUGCGCAUUCCGACCUUGGCAAUCCACUUGGAUAGAAACGUCAAUGAUUCGUUGAAAUUCAAUAAGGAAACCGAAUUUGUGCCCAUCCUCGGACUUAUCGCCUCGCAAUUAAAUGGUGGCGCAGAUUCUUCUGAGGAUGGUAAGGAAAGUAACGUCCCGAAACCCAAUGCCAACCCAUCAAGCAUUCAAGAAAACCACCACCCCGCUCUUCUUGCCGCAUUAGCCCAAGAACUUUCCAUUGCACCCGAAGAAAUACAUGACUUUGAACUGGCACUUUAUGACACCCAACCCUCCGUUUUGGGUGGAAUUGAAAAUGAAUUCAUCUUCAGUCCACGCCUGGAUAACUUGUUAUCUUCUUUCUGUGCUGUAGAAGCUCUUUCAGGACAUGCUUCUCUCCCAGCUUUCAGUACGCUAGAAGGCAACGUAAAUUGCAUUGCUCUCUUUAACCAUGAGGAAAUCGGUAGCGUAUCAAAUUCCGGAGCCCAAUCCUCGUUGAUCCCAUCGCUAUUGAGUAGGCUUUCACCGACCCCUUCGCUUCUAUCUCAGUCCGUGGCUCGGUCAUUUUUGAUAUCGGCUGACAUGGGCCACGCUGUGCACCCGAAUUACACUUCUAAGCAUGAAGAUAACCAUAAGCCGGUUAUGAACGGUGGUAUCGUGAUCAAAACAAACGCGCAGCAAAGGUAUUCCAGCGAUGCUAUUGGGUCUUUCAUAGUCAAGAAGCUCGUUGAGCGCAAAGGUGGCAAAGUGCAAGAGUUCGAAGUACGGAAUGAUAUAGCUUGCGGUUCAACUGUUGGACCAAUGUUGUCGAAGAUAGGAAUUCGGGUGGUGGACGUGGGUAAUGCUAUGCUGUCAAUGCAUUCUAUCCGUGAGACGGCAGGCACUCAGGACGUCCAGCAUGCUAUCGAUCUUUUCAGCUCGUUCUUUGAAGGUUUCGCAGGGUUAGAUGAGACACUGACUGCAGACUAAUUAUUGGAUUAACUGAAGAGUAGUCUUUGUUGUCGCAUGUUCGUCCACUGAGACUUGUAACUGUUUUUUGCACAAUACAAUGUACAUUCACACAAAAAUAAAUCACAAUCAACAA